CGUUACCAAGCUCAACAGAGAACAAGAGAGAGAUAGAGAGACAGCUAUAGCAUAGAGCUACCUAUCUAAGAGAGAAAAAGUGAGACUUUUAGACCAGAAACACAGAGAGACUGAAGAAGAUGUCGAAGGAAGUGAUUGAAGAGGGACAAACCCACCACCACGGCAAAGACUACGUGGACCCACCACCAGCACCACUCAUCGACUUGGCCGAGAUCAAGCUAUGGUCUUUCUACAGAGCACUCAUAGCCGAGUUCAUCGCCACCCUCCUCUUCCUCUACGUCACCGUCGCCACUGUCAUCGGCACAAGAAGCAGACCGGCCCGUGCGACGGUGUGGGCCUCUUGGGUAUCGCUUGGGCCUUCGGCGGCAUGAUCUUCAUCCUCGUCUACUGCACCGCCGGCAUCUCAGGUGGUCAUAUUAACCCGGCGGUGACGUUUGGGCUGUUCUUGGCGAGGAAGGUGUCUCUGAUCAGAGCAGUGGCUUACAUGGUAGCACAGUGUUUGGGUGCUAUUUGUGGUGUUGGAUUAGUGAAGGCUUUCAUGAAGCACGACUACAACUCACUAGGUGGCGGUACUAACUCUGUGGCUCAUGGGUACAACGUGGGCACAGCUCUUGGUGCUGAGAUUAUUGGAACUUUUGUGCUGGUUUACACUGUCUUCUCAGCUACUGACCCUAAGAGGAGUGCACGUGACUCUCACGUGCCUGUUUUGGCUCCUCUUCCUAUUGGGUUUGCUGUGUUCAUGGUUCAUUUGGCCACCAUCCCCAUCACGGGGACUGGUAUCAACCCAGCUAGGAGCUUUGGUGCUGCUGUUAUCUACAACAACGGCAAAAUCUGGGAUGAUCAUUGGAUCUUCUGGGUUGGACCAUUUGUGGGAGCAUUGGCCGCAGCUGUAUAUCACCAGUACAUUUUGAGGGCUGCAGCUAUUAAAGCUUUGGGAUCAUUCCGCAGCAACCCCACCAACUAA